CACCCGAACAUAUUCCAAUCAUUCCUUCCUUCUCACCCAUUGCUUCUUGAUCUCUCCUCUUGUUCGUUCUUCCAUUCUGGCGUCUCUUCUGAUCAGAUCAUCUCUCCGCCUCUGUCGCACCGCCUUCUCUGCCUCUUCUUCUCCUUCUCCUUCUCUCCUCCGUCUCCACUCUCUUCAACAACUCCAUCACCCCAUUUCCACACGCGCAUUCCACGCCGCUCCACCUGCACUCUUCGCCAUGUCUGACUACUCCACUCGCGUCGUCGACGCCCCCAACACCCUCGAGUACCGUGUCUACAUCGAGAAAAACGGCGCCCCCGUCUCGGCCUUCCAUGACAUCCCUCUUUAUGCGGACGAGUCCAAGAAGAUCUACAACAUGAUUGUUGAGAUCCCUCGCUGGUCUAACGCCAAGCUCGAGAUCUCCAAGGACGAGGAUCUCAACCCCAUCAAGCAGGAUGUCAAGAAGGGCAAGCUCCGCUUCGUCCGCAACUGCUUCCCCCACCACGGAUACAUCUGGAACUAUGGUGCUCUUCCCCAGACCUGGGAGGAUCCUACUCAUAUUGACAGCGACACCAAGGCUCGUGGUGACAAUGAUCCCUUGGAUGCUUGCGAGAUUGGCGAGCAGGUCGGAUACACUGGCCAGAUCAAGCAGGUCAAGGCUCUCGGUGUCAUGGCUCUCCUCGAUGAGGGCGAAACUGACUGGAAGAUCCUGGUCAUCGACGUCAAGGAUCCUUUGGCCGAUCAGCUGAACGACAUUGCGGAUGUGGAGCGUCUUCUCCCAGGUCUGAUUGAUGCCACCCGCGACUGGUUCCGCAUCUACAAGAAGCCCGAUGGCAAGCCCGAGAACGAGUUUGCGUUUGAUGGUGCCGCCAAGGACAAGGCCUAUGCUACCAAGGUCAUUGAGGAUACCCACGUUGCCUGGAAGCGUCUGAUCUCUGGCGAGAUCCCAUCCAAGGCCGAGGCCUAUGAUGUCAAGGUGAGCAAUGUCUCUGUCGAGAACAGCCCCCACAAGGUUGAGGUUAGCCACGAGAUCAUCAAGAGCAUCCCUGCUUCGUCUGCAAAGCCCGCCGCUCCCAUCGACGCCUCCAUCGACAAGUGGUUCUUCACUAGCAACAUCUAAAAAGGACCUUUCGAGUAUUGUCCAAACACCUUCUUGAUAUUUUAUUUUGCUCCGUACGAUAAUGCCAUGCAAAUCGAAAUAGAGAGAAAAAAAAAUUAAACGCGCC